AUGCCUUUGCAAAAGUCAUACUCGGAGCGAAUCGGCCUGUCAAAGCGAUCCCCGUGGCAGCGGUCUCGAAGCAACCCCGUCAACCAAAAUUACAAACUACCGCCUGUCGCAGAAGUCACCAAACAGAAACUCAGCAAGUUCCAAUGUCAAGCGUUGGAAGAUGAGACGCCUGCAAGCCCCAUGGAUGACACGGUGCUUCCUUCAAAGGAGACUGCCACAACACCCGCGAACCGAUUAACGUGGAGGGACUUUAUGGAACCGAGUGACACCACGGUCGAGACAGACGAGCAUACAUCACCAAAUGAGAGAAUAGGAUGGGACAGUAAACCUGACACUCUGUACGCCAAUGCAUUGUCGCCACUGCUGGCGCGACGUAAGGGAAAGCGAGCACGGAGUUCUUCACCAAUUUCGUCGCCAGGCCACGAGAAACCAACGACCCCAGCGGUAAAUGUCAAAGAGCUCGCACAAGCACUCAAAUCGCCGCACGCCGAUCCCACACUGGAGCUAUGGGACCGAUACGCCCUGAACAAGAAUGAGUCGCAUACGACCCCUCUAGGGCUCGCGAACCCGGCUCUGGCUCAGUUGAUGGUAUCGUCUUCACCGCGAACCUCGCGAGAGUCUGGAAAGGCCCAGCCCAACCUGCGGCGAGCGAUGAGCUACGGCUUGCACGGAUCGAAGAGAAGGAAAAUCGAGAAGAAAAAUUCGUGCGGUGGGACGACAACAUCACAAGAGGAGAUGGAAGCAGCAUCAAAGUCAAUGCUGGUGAACUCAUUACUUGACACAAUGAACAGCAGCAUGCAAACCCCAAGUCCAGCCGGAAGCAGCUCCAAAGUCAAUCCUGCAGAUGCCACUCCCAAGGCAGCCCAGCAUCUGCCGCAAUCACCAACGGCAAGGAAGACGCGAAGAUCACCGACGAAGACUGUGCCGAGUCAGGCUCAAAUAGCUCUCGAUGUCUUUUCGGACUAUGGCGAUGAUGAUUUCGACGAUGAGACUUUCAUGGAGUUGGAAGCAAGCUUGACGCAGGCUCCCCGGGUUGACGCGCCGGUAGUGAAGGAUAAUGCGACGUUAGAUGAGUUUGGCGACCUCGAAGAUGAUGACCUAGACGAUGCGACCCUGUUGCUAGCGACGCAGGCAAUGAAGGAAGAGACCCCCUCACCAAAGAAGGCAAAACCGCAAGCAAACAGUCUGAGUAUGGCUGGCCCGCACAUACUUGACGAGGACUUCGGCGAUCUAGACGAUGAUCCAGACUUUGAUGCCGUUAUGGAAGCAGCGACUCAAUCUGUCGAAAAGGCACAGAGCCCCAACUCACAUAUACUGGUCAUCCGGGCUGACGGAGGCAAAGUCGAUCGAACAGUGCAUCUUCGCGGCUGCUGGUAUGAUACUCCAGCCCAUGCCGACUCGUACGUCCACGUCAUCGGCGACUUCUCGUACAAAGGCCAGUGCAUUGUGGAUGAUGCCGAAAAUCUCCUGAUCUUACACCCUGAUCAGCUCAUCUCAUCGACUGUUGUCGCGGACUCCUUUGGCUGCAUGAGACGCGCCGUGCUUCAAGAUCGCGUCAAAGCCACCAGCGAGGCCUCACCCCCGCUCGUGUACGGCACCAUGCUCCACGAGAUUUUCCAGGAUGCCCUUCUCGCAAACCAGUGGGAUCGUCUCUUUCUAUACAAAGUUAUCCAGCAAACGUGCGAGAAGCACGUAGAGGAUCUCUAUACCAUUAACGUGAGUAUUGAGGUGGCUCGGGAACAUCUCAACUCAAAGAUGGAUGAGGUCACGCAAUGGGCGUCUGCGUUUGUCACUUCUAACCCAGUACCCGACGCAAUUGUCGAGGACCGUGGCGGGAGGACGGCAAACAUGGCGGUCACUAAGCUGCUUGACGUAGAGGAACAUGUCUGGUCGCCAAUGUAUGGCCUGAAAGGCAAUAUCGAUGCAACGGUCGAGGUUGCGAUGCUCGACGGCAAAGACAAGCGCAUGUUGACGGUUCCCUUCGAGGUGAAGACUGGCAAGCAUCCCAACCCAAACCACAUGGCUCAGACAGCGCUAUACACACUUCUGCUCUCUGAUCGAUACGACAUCGACAUAGCUUACGGUAUUCUUUACUACAUGGAAACGUCAAAGACCAUGCGCAUUCCCGCGGUUCGACACGAACUACGACAUAUGGUCAUGCAGCGCAACCAGCUCGCUUGUUACGUUAGAGAACGAAAUGUUCGGCUGCCGCCAAUGCUGAAGCACAAGCACAUGUGCGGGAAAUGUUACGCAAAGACGUCGUGCUUUACCUACCAUCGUCUCGCCGAUGACGGCGACGGCGAGACCAGUGGGAUGGGAGAGAAAUUCGAUGAGUUGGUCAAGCACUUGACACCUCAGCAUCAAGCAUUCUUCAUCAAGUGGGAGAACUUGCUGACGAUAGAAGAGAAGGAUGGCCAAAAAACGAAGCGAGAGUUGUGGACGAUGACGAGUGCCGAGCGAGAGAAAAAGUCUCGUUGCUUUGCCGAUGUCAUUAUAAAGGAAGGGUCUGGCAGCGUUGACACUGAUAACCCCCGAAUCAAUCGCUUCCAUUACACCUUUAUCAAGCGCCUACAACAACCGGCUGGGUUUUCCUUCACGGAAUCGGAGCUCAAUGUUGGCGAACCCAUUGUGGUGUCUGAUGAAGAGGGCCAUUUCGCACUCGCCAUUGGAUAUGUCACGGCGGUCAAGAAGCAGAGCAUCAAGGUUGCAGUAGACCGGCGUCUACAUAAUGCCCGCAUUCGCCAGCCGGGCUUCGAUGAGGCGAACAAUCAGGUCUUUGCUAGCAUCAUGGAGGUCGCACCGGAGGGCUCGGCGCCGCAAGAUACCCAAGGCAAGAUCAAGCAGGACCCUAUUCGAUAUCGCCUCGACAAGGACGAGUUCAGCAACGGCAUGGCCACGAUCAGAAACAACCUGGUUCAAAUGAUGGCGAAUGACAUUCCCGAAGCCAGCAAGAUCCGGUCACUGAUCGUCGACCUGAAGACGCCCAGUUUCAAGUCAGCGCCAACGCAAUAUGCCGUUACGGACGGCGAGAGCCUCAACACUGACCAGAAGAGGGCGAUCGAGAAGGUCAUGAGCGCGCAAGACUACGCUCUGGUUCUAGGUAUGCCCGGCACAGGCAAGACAACCACGAUUGCCCACAUUAUCCGAGCACUCGUAUCCCAGGGGAAGCAGGUGCUAUUGACAUCCCACACCCACACUGCCGUUGACAAUAUACUGUUGAAGCUCAAGAUGGACAACAUUCCCGUUCUCCGACUGGGUGCACCCGCCAAAGUUCACCCAGGUGUUCAAGAGUUCGCCCAUUUGGCCGGGGUCCCGAAGAAGUCGUUCGACGAGAUUGAUGAAGCGUGGAUGAGACCACCCGUUGUGGCUACCACUUGUCUCGGCAUCAACCACCACAUUUUCCAGAAACGUGCAUUCGACUAUUGCAUUGUAGAUGAGGCGUCACAGAUCACUUUGCCAAUCUGCGCUGGGCCCAUUCGGAUGGCAAGGACAUUUAUUCUGGUGGGCGACCACAACCAGCUCCCCCCGGUCGUCAGGAACGAGGAAGCUCGUGAAGGCGGCCUCGAUGUGAGUCUGUUCAAGCUCCUGUCUGAUGCCCACCCUCAAUCGGUCGUCAACCUCGAGCACCAGUAUCGGAUGUGCGAGGACAUUAUGACACUCAGCAACACCUUGAUCUAUGACGGACGACUGCGCUGCGGCACCGAAGCUCUGAAGAAGCGUAAGCUAGAAGUGCCAGAUAUGGCUGCUCUGAGCCAGAGGCAUCACGACGUAUCGACGUUGGCGACGGCUUCGGUGCGAUCUUUUUGCACUGUUCCGUCGCGCUACCAAUGUUGGCUGCGUGACCUUUUGGAGCCUGAGAACCGGGUUGUGUUUGUCAACACUGAUACCCUGGAACCUGCGGUACACGAAGAAGCCCAAGGAAAGCGCAUUGUGAAUCCUGGCGAGGCUCGCAUCGUACAGCAACUCGUGGACAGUUUUCUCGCAGUUGGCAUAGCACCGGACGAGGUGGGUGUUAUGACGCAUUACCGUGCUCAGCUCUUUUUGUUAAAGGAGCAGCUCCGUCAUUACGGAGGAGUGGAAAUGCAUACAACCGACCGCUUCCAAGGUCGUGACAAGGAGGUCAUUGUGCUUAGUCUGGUGCGGAGCAACGAUUCAUGCUCCAUCGGCGAUCUUCUCAAAGAUUGGCGAAGGAUCAACGUUGCCUUCACACGCGCAAAGACGAAGCUGAUUGUGGUGGGGAGUAAGAAAACCUUGAAGAACAGUGGCGACGAGACGAUGCUGAGCCGAUUCAUCAGGCUCAUGGAGGAGAGCAACUGGAUCUACGAUCUCCCCAAAGAUGCGAUGGAAAGUCAUUACUUUCCAGACUUUGCGACCCAGAUCACCGCCACCGGACCAACGCAGAGGAUACCAAAAACACCCGGCAAGGGACGAACACCGCCGAGAAAAGCGCAGGGAGCAGGCGGAAAGGAGAACAAGCGUCCGACGCCCAGGAAAGGCACCAUGCCGGCCGAUGUAUUGUUCAAGGACAAGCCGAUUACAAGAUACAUCAUGCAUGAGACAACGAAUGGGGCAUAUUAG